UACAUUUUCAUUUAGGAGCGGCUUAUUGAGGGGGUGAGAAUCAAAAAAGUGUCGAACUCAAGGACAUUUCUCAGAUCACGUUUCAGAUCAGAUAAAAAAGAGCUUUAAAAAAGACCCCCGGCAAGUCGUAACUUAUAACAUACGGAGGCGAAUUUAUAAGUGAUGUCAGAGGAAAAGUGGCAACCUAAAAAAGAGAGCGAAAGGGAGAGUGAGUGACAAUAGCUUGGAAAAAUCUAGAACACGGCUCGGGGCUGGUCCGUCACUCCCGACGGAGGCGGCAACACUCGACCCCUCUCAAAAAAUGCCCAGCGGAGCGAAAGUGGUGCGCGUCGAGGACCACCCGAAGUGACAGAAGAGCUUCCGGCCCGAUUCGACAUUGUAUAUAAAGGCACGAAUCCUUUCUAGCGCAGUUGGCAUUCAGACACGAUGAUCAGGUUGGCAUUACUUCUUCUUUUGGUAGCGGUGGUUCGAGCCGGACGGCUUUCCGGCCAGCCCUACUUUCAAUUGGUACCUCUGCACUUCGACCAGUCGAAAACUUCGGGAACAUCCGGCGGACAACCCUUAGCCCAUCAACCUCCCGCUCACAGCCCGUACAGCUCAAAAGAGGAAAAAGAAGAGUUCGCCCCGUUCGAGUUCAGCUACACCGCAAAAGACGAGAACGGCUCCACCAGCAGUCGAGAGGAGAGCGCCGACGGAAAAGGGACAGUGACGGGCAAAUAUUCGAUUUUAGUAGAGGGCCUGGAAAGGAUCGUGGAGUACGUUGCCGACAAAGGGGGCUUCAGGGCCACCAUCAAGACCAACGAACCGGGCACCAAGAGCGAUAGCCCCGCCGACAUCUCUUUGUAUUCCUCGGCUCCGGAAUACACUCCACCCGAAACGAAGAGCCGACCCGAUCACUACCAACCGGGCCCGUCCCCCAAGCUGCCCGACGAGGGAAAGAAAUCGGCACACGGUCACUCCAAAUUCAUUUUGGUACCUCUCUCCGGUCAUAAACCGUGGGCAUAG